AUGAAGCCUUAUUUAAUGGCCAUUUCCAUCCUUCUGAUCCUGGUUCAUAAGACUCCAGGUGGCCUGUUCAGAUCCUUCUACGGCAAGAGCCAAGAAGAGCCUUGGAAUCCAUGCCAGCUAUAUGACGGCAUGUGCCGAAAUGCCUGCAGAAAAUACGAAAUCCAAUACUUAAGCUGUCUGAACGAUCAAAAGUGCUGCCUGAAAUUUUCUAUGAAAAUAACCAGUUCUAACAAUGUAAAGAAUGGUUAUGACUCCAACUCCAACUUAUCACUUAGAAACCCUUCAAGCCACUCGUAAAUUUGAGUAUCAUCAACCUUCCCCCCUCCUAGGGUAACUCCUCUUCCAGCUGGAACACUCUUCCCAUAAAAAUGCA